UACUGAGUUAAAAUUUAAACAAAUUCUAUCUAUAAUAUGUUAUUUACAGAUGAAUAUUAGUAUAGACAGUUGAACAACUUCGGUGUUGACAGACACAUAACUACAAAAUGAGAAGCUUGAUUGUUAUCUACUUGUUCGUCGGAAUAUCAUGGCAAUGCCAAGAUCUCGGAGGGGAAGAUUAUUGUCGCUUUACUUUACUCAGAAAAUCGAACAUGUGCGAGAAAUUAGUUCCUGCAGAACUUGCCCAAUGUCUCAAGACAUGUGGUGUUUGCAAAGAGAAAGCAGCGUUGGAUAAAGAAAGUAACGUACCGGCGUGGGCAGUAGCUCCUCCAACACCAAGACAACCAAUGAAUCCAAAAAGAAGAAGACCAGAAAAAAAAGAUGAAGAGCCUAUUGCGCUUCCCUUGUAUGCAGUAAUUAUCAUCGUUAUUGCGGUGUUGGUCAUUUUCAUCGGAAUAACAGUUUGCGUUAUCAAGUUGAAACAUAAGUGGAAAAAACGGAAAAUGAAGAAAAAUAAGAAUGUACUAAGGCACGCACCUGUGGCACCAAAUACAAUGCCUCCUCACGCUUAUGGUUGGGGAACUGGGAGUUACAACGCUGGAUAUCACCCUGAUAUGGACGGAUGGUCGAGAAAUAUGUAUUUAUCUGGAGAAACCGACCACUACCAUCAGUCCCAACAACACAUGGCGUUAAACAACACGGUACAGCAAAAUUCCAAUCUCAAGAAAAACAUCAACAUAGUCCAAAAUGGGACAAAAGACAACAAGAGGAAAGCACCUGAACCACCAACUACAGACGCAGAUUCAACGUAUCAAAAUCUACAACAGGCUACACCCAGUAACAAGUCCGAUAACGCCCAGAAAGACUCGAAAGGAACGAAAAAGAAUGUUGCAGAAAUAUCGAUUCAGAUUACUGAAAGUGCAUUUAGUGCGGCUGCACCUGUUCGUGAUGGAUUACAAAAAAGAGACGUACAAAAAAAUCACGCUUCUUGGAAUGACGAUUUUCCGCCCAUACCUCCUCCCCGAGAUCCAAUCAAAAGAGAACGAGCAGCGACGGUACAAAAUAAACCUUAUCGAGAAAUUCCCAUCACUGUGGGGGCAGACGAAGAAACAUUGGACGGAUCCGUUUCAGUGGAAGAUGAAGAUUCUGAUACUUCGACCGUUCGUAUGGAAAGAUCUCUCAGUGAACUAACAGAUCACACUCAACAUACGAGUCCUGCUCUUGCAAAUAUUUUAAAUGAUUGGAAAGAACAUCUACAGGAACAGAAAAAAGAAUUGGAGGAUUAUUAUAAAAGUUUAGCACUUUACGUCAAGCGAGUGGGAUUGAAACCUGCUGGUGAAGUUAUGGAAGAUCGUCCUCCUCCUUCCAAUGAUUGUUCUAUGCAAGAAUGGGUGAAAACAAAUCAAGUUGAACGAAGUCAAAAACACAGGAAUAAAUCAGAAGCCGCAAUUUAUUCAGAUCGACCAUACGCAAGCAUUCACGAGAAUUACUCAGCAAUGUUGAAGUUUCCAACUCCUCCUGAAUCAGUUCGUGGUGAUUUUACUUGGGAACCAAACAACGAAGAAAGUCAAAAGCAGGUAGUAACUGAUUUGAAGAAGAAACUUGCCAGAUUACAGAACUUACUGGAAUCAACCCAAGAAAUGGCAGAUAGCGACAAAAAAUCAUCGGCAUAUUAUAUACCUAGUCAGCGUUCGAAAAGUCACAAAAACCAGAAUAAAACUGAAUUACUUGGAGACAGAAUUACCAUAAAGGUUCUUUUACAAAAACUAGAAGAGCCACAGCGACUGAAAGUCCAGAUGAGAAUAGCACAAGCUCUUGACACUUCAAGAAAACGAGGAGGCAUGAAUAUCGCGUCACGUGAUGGACCCAUCACAUGCCUAUCUAAGCAAAUACAUCAUGUUAUGAACGACAUCUUGGAUCCCAGAACAUCCACAAAGAUAGAACUUGGUGCACAUGCUGCUUGCACUCUUGCUACCAAAUUAUUGACCAACGUUCACUCAAACUUACUUCCAGUGCUAAAUUCUGAAUCUUCGAAACAAAACGUUGCCAGAACCACAAAUCGAAUAUCAAUUUUAAGCAAACAGUUGCUGGAUAUGACAAAACAGUUGAUGACACGGCAUAGCUUGUUUCAAUCAAAGGACUACAGCGUUUUUGUGAAUGCAUUUGUCGAUACUACAGAAAAAAUCAUGGACACAACAUUUCAUCUUGUUUGUGUAAUAGUCGAUUUACAAAGAGCGGAGAGACGAGGUUUGAUAAAAAGCCAGUCACAAACUACUCGACCUCAUCUCACUCAGAUACAAUCAAGAAGCGUUUCUCAAAGACAGUCCCUUCCUCAACAAGGAAGACAAGAGAAAGGAGAGUUGUUAAGUAGACUUCAUUCAGAGUCCAAUUCCACAGCAUUGUCUGCAGUGGACGUGAGAAGACUUAACGAUGAUUUAGCAAAACUACGCCAACUUUUGAACACAGAAACUCAACUUCCGUCAUUAUCUGAAAUCACAAUUCCAAGGCAAAGUAAGUUUACUCACAAUCACCUGGAUCACGCAGCAGAUGACGACUUUCCUUUAGGAUAUCAAUAUGAUGGUCAGGAUAUGAGUGAAUGUGAUACGAUGUCUACAUUGAGUUGUUCUACAUGCAUUACUGAAAAUGAUGAUCAUUACUUCUAUAGCGAUGAUAUUCCCCCGCCCCCUCCGCCGAAAUUCUCUGCUCCGCCAGCAAAUCUCAAAAGAAAACAAGAUGGAAGAGUACAGUACACAGACAUCAUUUUUGAUCCCGAGAUUCAGCGUCCAUGGACACGUCCAAAAAAAGAAGAAAAUUUACAUCACGUUACGAUGCCGCAUAUACAAAUGGAUAGGCCUGGGAAUCAUCAAGUCGCACUUGUUUCGGCACAAGCCAGCAACGUCGAAUCCACAAAAGAGAAUCAACGUAAAGCGAGUAGUUUAGAUCCUUCGUCUUUUGCUUCCUUCCAUUCUGAUCGACAAGUUAUUAAUAACGAUGAUGUACAACCACGCCACCAAGCUAUGUUGGCAAGAUAUUUUGGUGGAGAGACGAUGGAGCCUAAAAACGUUGUAAAUGAAAAUCAAAAAGAUAACCUACAGCAGGCGUUAGAAAAUCCAACUACGCCAGCUAUAAAUCAGGCUGUAUUGCCAUUGGUCGAAUCAGAAAAUCCAGAUGGGGAUUGUCCGGCGGUGACUAUGUUACCAUACGGUUUGGUGGCACAGGAUACACCGCCUAUCGUAAAUCCGCCCAAAGAUAAACGCGUGAAGCUUCCUAAGAUACCAGAAAUUACAGUAGUACGAAACGGAGAAAAUGAGACAAAUCAAAGCAUAACACCCUCCACAACCGAAGAACCGACCAACGACUUUGUAGAGAGUCCCAACAACGCCCCAUAUUCGGAAAAUUUAACAGAUGAUCCAUAUAGCUAUACCGAUACUUUGCCUAUGCACCGAAAGGAAACAGCUCCAAUUUCUGAAGACAAGCCAAUAGAUUCCUAUAACGAGCCCCAAUCUCAUACGUCAGAAGACAACUCACUGAAAAAAGAUAUUUCUGUAAAUUACUUAGGAGAUGAUGACUAUGAACUUCACAUGCCUACGUCUCCAAAAUAUGUCGAUGACAUAAAUCCAAAUCACGAAGCUGAUUGGCCAAUGGAUGACAAUAACGAAAUGCCAUACAAAAAUUCUGAAAACGAAAUCGAAAAUGGCGAGCCUACGUCCCCAAAAUAUGUCGAUGAUAUAAAUCCAAAUCACGAAGCUGAUUGGCCAAUUGAUGACAAUAACGAAAUGCCAUACAAAAAUUCUGGGAACGAAAUCGAAAAUGAAGAUCGCGAGCCUACGUUCCCAAAAUAUGUCGACCACAUAAAUCAAAAUCACAAAGCUGAUUGGCCAAUGGAUAACAAUAACGAAAUGCCAUACAAACAUUUUGGAAACGAAAUUGAAAAUGAAGAUGGCGAUCCCGAUACAAAAUUGGAUAGCGAGGAAGACAGUAUCGCAAGUUUUAGUAUGAGCGUAGGUGAUAUUUUAACGGACGACGAAUCAGUUGUAACGACGAAAAUGAAGUCACAAUCAAUUGAAGAUGAUAACAAUUCUGGUGCGAUCGACGAUAACACAAUAAGAACAAUAGGACGUGGCGAUAACAUUAACGAUGGUCUGAUAUCGGAAUUUGAAUUCCCGAGAGUGGAUAGUCGUCUGAACAAUAAUUUAAACAACGGUGCUGUAAACUCUAGGACCGGAACUCCAAAACCAGAGAUUCUAUUAGAAUCUAAUCCACAAACGAGUUUAUGUGACGACAUCAAUAAAUUUGCCGAAGAUACUGAACCUGCUAAUCAUGAUACUAAUAAAGCGGAUGAAGUCAUAUAUGACGCAGUAUGCAGUGAAAAUAGUGACAACGCUCCAGAGGAAAAAGAUUUGUCUCCGAGUGAAUUUAAGAAAAACGACCCAAUCUAUGAUAGUCCUGCUGAUUCUGCAGAAAACCCGCCUAAAAAUAAUGAACCUACCAUUGACGAAAAUAAAAAGAAGGAGAAUCGAUUUUCGAUUUCACCCAAAUCAAAGCAUAAAAAGUUUAAGAUGCCAAAGUUUUUUGGAAAGAAAAAAUAAUCUGAUUAUAUUUUUGGUGUAAACGUUAAAGAUAUUAGAAACAAACGUCCCAUCCAUACGUAUACCAAAAAUAAUUUAUCUUUAGAAAAUGCAUUUACUUGCUGCUUGUACUGAUUUUAAAUACUUAUUUGUGCAAAAUAUAAAUUAUAAAAUAUAUGUUUAUUCAUAAGCUUAAGCAAGAACUCAUUUUGUUUGAUAGUCCAACCAGAAAUUUGGCAAGUAUUGAAGCUUGUGUGUAUUGAGUGAGAGGGAAUAAAAUUUCAUUCACUGGUGAUCUCCAAAUGUCGUGUGCCACUUGUAUAACUUGUCUCCAGUAUGCUCCCCAACUUUUCAUUUUCGGGAUGGGGUGCUUCCAAAUUUUGAAACUUGUUUUAAUUUGGUGAAAUAAAAGGGGUUGUUCCCCCCUAUAAGUA